AUGUCUUCCGAAGAGGUUGGAGAUAAACCUGAGGGAAAAGGGGAAAUUUUUGAAAGCUCUACAGCGGAAAGUGUAGCUGAAGGUGUCGAAGGCAAAGGUGCAAACAAACGUCAGGUAUCUGAGAAGGACAUGGAGGAAGGUAAAGAAACGCAGGAACGUAAUACACUCACUGGGGAAAUAAUUGGCAGAGACAAUCAUAGAGGGAAAAACACACCUGCUCGUGAAUCUGUAAAGACAGCACCAGAUAAGCGAGAAUUAACAAACCUUGACCUUAAAGAUAACAAAGGCGAUCGGACACUUGCUGACAAAUCUCCGGAAAAAGAGUCGGAUGAGCAGCGAUCAGAUCCUGAGAGGAAGCGACAACCGAAACUUAUCCACAUCGCGAAUCCUGGUACCAAGUCGCAAUCAAGUUAUUUUCCCCUUGCGGGAAUUUUAGCCGCCGCAGUUGCAUGUAUUGCUGUAGCUAUUUACCUUACUCCUCCUAAGAACGAUAUGAAGACUGACUUUGACCUGGAGAGAGUCUUUGGAAAUGGGCUUGAAGAGUUACAGUUGUCAUUCACUAAUAAGACCGAACGGUUCUGGAAGAAUUUAAGAAGUCGCGGAUUGACUCACCUACGGAAUAAGGAUCCUUCACAACCACUGGUGUUCUUACUGGCUGCACCUCCAGCAGCACACGAAUGGGUGGAUUGCCUGGCCAUUAAACUAGCAGAAGUGCUGGAUCCAAAAAAUGAAAAAACUUUGGCCAGAAUUGAUGGUGAAAAAGAGAAAGCAAAUCUUCCAGAAAAGACCAAAAUGACGAUGGACAAUUUGCUGAAGACAAAAAUUGAGGCUCUUCACAAGGUAGUGCUCAUCCAUCACCUUGAGCUUCUCCCAACACCCUCACAACUUCUGUUUCACUCUUAUUGUGAUGAUCAAAAUGCACCAUAUAAGGAAUUGACCUUUAUUUUUACUGUACAUAUGCCAGAAGAGCCCAGCCCAUCUAUGUCUCUUAAGGAAACAGAGGGAAGUGUGGAGAAAUAUCUUUCAGGUGACGUUUGGGCAAAGGAUGAUAAGGAUGCAGUUGCUGCUCCCUUGGUCCGCAUCGCUGAUACCGUGGUGCCCAUGAAUGGGGAAACUAGUGGUUCAUUAAGGGACUUAUGUUCUAAAUUGUAUAACUGUUAGCAGUGAUUGGAAGGAUAAGUUAGUGAAUCAUCGUUACUCUUUCAGACAUGUAGGAUUUACCAGAAUGUAGCAAAUUUAGAGUUUAGUCAACCAGGGAAUUUUGACUUGAUUGAGCACUUAACAUGAAAAUUAAUCCAUAUUAUUAUAAAUCUAGACAUCAAUAACUGAGAGGCUUGGACUUGGAACAGGCCGCGUACAUAUUAUUAUUUUUCCUUUUCCUUUAGAUUGAGCAAUUUGUUUAACAUACAAGUCAUAGGACUUGGGUAG